AUGCCUAAUCCGAAAGACAAACGGCCCCGCCAGCCCGCCAGUCGCGACGUACAAGUCUCCAAAGCACUGAGCCAUCUCCUCCGCCACGCGGCUGAGAAAGAGGGUGUGAAGAUGACGGCGCAGGGGUAUGCCAAUGUUUCCGACGUGCUCAACUGGCGCAAGCUCAAAUCCCUCAAAGCCACAUUCCCUGAGAUCCUCCACGCCGUUUCCUCUUCCGAUAAGCAGCGUUUCGCACUGUUGCACAUUCCCUCCGCUGAGAGCAGCAACCACACGAUCCCAGGAGCAGACGCCGGAGCAGAUGACAGGGACAAUACCACAAAAGAAGAAGAAAUAGACGGCCCAACACCUUCAGUCCUCGAUUCCGCCUCCUCAACCACCGAAGCGCAACAAAGUAUCACAUCUGCCGCGCUCUCCGUGACAGACACCAACCCCUCGCACUUCCUGAUCCGCGCCACGCAAGGCCACAGCAUUAAAAGCGUGGAGGCGGCUUCAUUUCUCGAGCCACUUUCUCUAGAUGAUGAAUCUAAACUACCGCUUACCGUUGUGCAUGGAACUUUCCACGCUGCGUGGCCCUUGAUUCUUAAGUCUGGCGGGUUGCGCUGUAUGAAGAGGAAUCAUGUGCAUUUCGCUACAGGGCCACCACUUGAUGGUGUGCUUUUGGAUCAACCGAAUGGGACGGUCCAUCCUCGGACUGACCAAGAAGAUCAAAAAGAGGACAGCCAGAAAGAAAAACCAAAAGCAAAACAUGAAGAAAAAGAUCAAGGACAAGUAAUCUCCGGAAUGAGGCGCGACGCACAGGUCCUUAUCUACAUCAACAUCCGCAAAGCGCUAGCAGCGGGUGUUCCAUUCUGGAGGAGCGAGAACGGGGUUAUUCUGAGCGAGGGUGUGCCGGUGAAUGGGGAGCAGAUUGUGGCCCUGGAGUUUGUGGAUGUGGUGGUGGAGCGGAAGAUGGGACUGGGCAAGAUUUGGGAAGGGGGGAGGGUGGUUAAGGAGUUACCUGCGAAUUCGAAGAGGCGAUGA